ACUGCUGCUGCCGGGAUCGGGAUCUCGGGCGCGCCGGAUGGAGGUCUUCGGCCCCGUCACGCCCGGCCAGGUGUCGUUUCUGCUUGGCCUUUUCCCGGUCCUCAUUGCAUGGGUCUACUCCGAGAUCCUCGAAUACCGGAGAUCUUCGUCACAUGGGAAAGUUCACUCAGAUGUUACACUGGAGAAUGAAACUUCCAAGGAAGAUGAGAAGGCCAUAUUAAUUGAAGGAGGCCAGUUGAAAUCACCAUCAGCAAAGUUCCGGAACGUGUCUGCAAAAGCAAAUUUAAUACGGUUUAUAACAAUGGAUGAGUCUUUUCUGCUCGAAAACCGUGCCGUACUGAGAGCCAUGGCUGAAGUUGGCAUUGUUCUAGUUUAUUAUUACAUUUGUGACCGGACAAACAUAUUUGCAGAAAGCAAGAAGAACUACAACCGCGACCUGUUUCUGUUUCUAUACAUUCUUCUCAUCAUAGCGUCGGCACUUACUUCACUUAAGAAGCACCAGGAGAAAUCAGCAUUUUCUGGAAAGUCCAUACUCUAUCUUAAUCGCCACCAAACUGAGGAAUGGAAAGGGUGGAUGCAGGUCUUAUUUCUGAUGUACCACUAUUUCGGUGCGUCAGAAAUAUACAAUGCAAUUCGUGUUUUCAUUGCUUGCUAUGUUUGGAUGACCGGAUUUGGGAAUUUCUCGUACUAUUAUAUCAAGAAAGAUUUUAGCAUUGCAAGAUUUGCUCAGAUGAUGUGGAGGCUAAAUUUCUUUGUGACCCUCUGCUGCAUUGUCCUUGACAAUGAUUUCAUGCUGUACUAUAUCUGCCCAAUGCACACCCUAUUUACGCUUAUGGUGUACGGAUCACUUGGUCUGUUUAACAAGUAUAAUGAGAUACCAUCAAUUAUGGCUAUUAAGAUUGCUUGCUGCUUCUUGAGUGUCAUUUUGAUAUGGGAAGUCCCUGGGGUCUUCGAAAUUUUGUGGGCCCCCUUUACGUUUCUGCUCGGCUAUAAAGAUCCAGAGCCUUCUAAAUCACACUUACCUUUAUUGCACGAGUGGCAUUUCCGAUCUGGGCUCGAUCGGUACAUAUGGAUUAUUGGAAUGAUUUAUGCCUACUUCCACCCUAAUGUGGAAAGAUGGAUGGAGAAGCUAGAGGAAGCCGAGACUAAGGUUAGGUUGUCGAUCAAGGGUACCAUUGUGACUGUUUCGGUUGUGGCUGGCUAUCUAUGGUAUGAAUAUAUCUACAAGCUAGACAAAAUCACGUACAACAAGUACCAUCCCUACACGUCAUGGAUUCCUAUCACCGUGUAUAUUUGCCUACGCAAUUGCACCCAACAGUUGAGGGGCGCCUCUUUGGCUCUUUUCGCUUGGCUUGGCAAGGUUACACUGGAGACUUAUAUUUCUCAGAUCCACAUUUGGCUCAGGUCUAGUGUACCAAACGGACAGCCAAAAUGGCUACUAUCUUUUAUACCUGACUAUCCGAUGCUGAACUUCAUGCUUACCACAACGAUAUAUCUUUUCCUAUCAUACCGAAUAUUCGAGCUCACAAACGUACUGAGAGCAGCCUUCAUUCCCAGUAGAGACAACAAUCGCUUGUUCCAAAAUUUUGUUGCUGGGAUUGCCAUCUCCGUAUGUCUGUACCUCUGCUCGCUUGUUCUUCUGAAAAUUCCUGGUGUAUAGGUGAAUAGUUUCCAUUUCUGUGGAUGUAGAAUGAUACCGGGGUCAGUUCCAUUUGCAUCUAGGGACUGGAGGUAAGAUGCACAACCUGAAGAAGCUGUGUUUGCUCAUACACUGAAUUGAACUCCCGGAGGGUGUAGAUUUAGAGGUGCAAUUUUUGACAUUUUUUUCCUUCUCAAAACCUGUACACAAUUAGCCAACCCGUGCAAUUCUCUGGGAGUUGUAACAGCUGUCCGUCAGCCAUGUAAGAACUGCGAAUUCUCUUGGGUGUCGCCCCGUGUUCUGUUGUACCAUGUCCUAGAUAUUUUAUACAAGGAAAUUGUCUUUCCUCUUGUAAAAGAUGAUAGUAAUGCAACAUGUGCAGUUUUUGAACUCCGAAA